AUGCUGUCAAAUUCUAGUGAAAAGGAAUCCGCAUCUUUACCCCCUCCAUCAGCCUUGUUUGCCUCAAACUACUACUACAGCCAUCCCUCAGGUACACCUCCUCCUCCCCACAGCAGCAUGGCAGUGGAGGCUCGAUCUGGCUAUAUUCUGCCUCCUCCUUCAAGCCUGCCAGGAUACCAUCUUCCUCCUCCCCCACAGUAUAUUUAUUCACCUGCAUCUAAUGCGACAUCUAAUAACAGCAGUAGCCAAUACUAUUACCCACCUACACCUCCCGUAUCAUCCACCCCACCUCCACAUCCGUCACAUCCUUAUGCACAUCACCCGCUCGCAGCAGCUGUACAUCACCAUACCCUUAAAGAAGAACCACCGCAACUCAAAAAAGAAAAGGCCCAGAAACGCAAACGUCGCCCCAAGGAUCCCAACGAAAACCCUCCCAAAAGCAAGAAAAAGACGACACCACCAUACCAUUACGAAGUACUCGAAUUGAAACAGCAAAAGAAGCCUACCAAGAAACAACGCAAAGAGAAUGAGGCAGCAUCAGCAGCCGCUGCUACAUUGGCAUCAUUUGCAUCGGUAUCGCCACCGUUAACAGAAGAAGAGGAAGUAGAUGAAGAAGAGGAUGAUGUUUUACAUGAAUGUGUCAAAUUAGAAGCUUGUGCAGGCCAAGGCGGAAGAUUUGAAUGUGAGCAUUGUGGCAUCAACUUUAAGCAUUUGAAUUGUCUCCAAAAACAUGGGUGGGAGCAUACAGACAUGAGUAAACAGCAGCAAACUCAACUUGUAGAGGUGAUUUAA